AUGAGUCAAGGAAGCGCUCCAUAUGAUAUGCAGAUCAAGCUGCUAAUGAUUGGUGACUCCGGAGUUGGGAAGACCUGUUUGCUCCUGCGUUAUGCCAACGACAGCUUUAGUCCCACGUUCAUCACGACAAUUGGAAUUGACUUUAAGAUCAAGAACGUGGAUAUUGACGGCACUCGCAUCAAGCUCCAGAUUUGGGAUACCGCUGGACAAGAACGCUUCCGAACCAUUACAACUUCCUACUUUCGUGGAGCCCAAGGAAUCCUUUUGGUCUACGACGUUACCGACCGCCGCUCCUUCGAGUCCAUUCGUAACUGGAUCUCACAAAUCCAGCAACACGCUGAUGUUCACGUCAACAAGAUCCUAGUGGGAAACAAGUGCGAUAUGACGGACGAGAAGGUCGUCUCCACGGAGGAAGGAGAAAAGUUGGCAAACGAGUUUGGCAUUCAGUUCUGGGAGUGCUCCGCCAAGAAUAAUAUCAAUGUCGACGAGUCGUUCAUUGGGAUCGGACGAGCAGUCAAAGACCGACUUGUGGCGGAUGGUUUGGGAGGACCUGCUCCUGACAAGGACGACGACGAAGAAGAAAACCAGAACGAAGAACCUGAACAGGUGGAGUGGGGCGUGGUGGAAUAUUAUUUAUUACAUACCGUGUGGACCAUGCGAGCUGCGAUUAUGAUACUCCUUUUGCGCUUGUUGGCCUUGUCACGGUACCUUUUGGCGUUUCAUGAUAAUACUAUUACAUUUUAUGGAAUACUAUUACAAUUAUGGAUUGGAAUUGAAAUUGAUACAGACGAUUGA